UUUCGGAGUUUUUUUAGUCUCUGUGCGUGUUUACUCUUGCAAUAACUGCAAUCGACUGGAGACACCUGACCGGUGGUUUGGCUGUUGUAGUGGAUGAUGUUCGUGACGCAGUUUUGGAAUGGUGGGUGAAGUCUAGCAAGUCAAUCAUGGAAUUUGGAUUUGAAGAUUCCGCGGGAGAUUCAAUCGGAGAGAAGCUAAUUAUAUGACGUGUCAAUAAACACAUGGGAAGACUUUUUUUACACGUGUGAUCAUGCCGAAAAAACUCAGUGCGAUUCCAGGAGCACCAAAAUUUGGAACAUUGAUGGUAUACGAAUCUAAUAGCUGCUCUUAGUCCAAACCACUCGAUCGACCGAUACUUCUGUUAUUGUCACAUCACUUACCAGACAUUUAAAUGCUCCGCUUGUAAAACUUGAGGAAUGAACGAACUUAAGGAUCUUCACUAGUCCUAAAGAACAUAAGACUGAGAAAGGAGAUCAAUUUUAAAUCAAAUAUGCAGAUGUGGAACUAAUGCGCGAGAGAGCGCGGGUGCGGCCUCAGCCGAGAUGUCACUGACGGCCGGGUCCAGGGCGGGGGCGUAGCGGGGCCCGGGCAGGAUGACGUCAUCGGGCCUCGAGUGGGGGGCCCUGGCCCUCAGCGGGAACCUGAGCCUGGACAACGACACGUUCCUGAACCACUCGGCGUGCAAGCUGGAGCAGGGCGGGGUCAUGCCCCCGAGCCGGAUCCCUCUGCAGCUCCUCUACGCCAUCGUCUUCACGCUGGGUCUCCUCGGUAACACGCUCGUCAUCUACGUGGUGCUCCGCUUCUCCAAGAUGCAGACGGUGACCAACAUGUACAUCGUGAACCUGGCCAUCGCCGACGAGUGCUUCCUCAUCGGGAUCCCCUUCCUCAUCGUGACGAUGAGCCUCCAGUACUGGCCGUUCGGGGCCCUCAUGUGCAAGAUCUACAUGACGACGACGAGCAUCAACCAGAUCACGAGUAGCAUCUUCCUCACCGUCAUGUCGGCCGACCGAUAUAUCGCUGUUUGCCACCCCAUCUCCGCCCCCAAGCUCCGAACCCCCUUCAUUUCCAAGGUGGUAUCGGUAUCGGCGUGGAGCUCAUCGGCGCUGCUCAUGACGCCGAUCAUAAUGCACUCGAGCCUGACGGACGACAGCGAAGGGCGACGGACGUGCAACAUCGUCUGGCCCUCCACCGGCCGGCUCAGCGGCGAGACCAUCUUCACGCUCUACUCCUUCAUCCUCGGCUUCUUCAUCCCCAUGCUCCUCAUCUUCGUCUUUUACUUCCUCGUCAUCCGCAAGCUCCAGACCGUCGGCCCCAAGAACAAGUCCAAGGAGAAGAAGAAGUCCCACCGCAAGGUGACGAAACUCGUCCUCACCGUGAUCACGGUCUACGUCCUAUGCUGGCUGCCCUACUGGAUGUCCCAGCUGGCGCUGAUCUUCACGGACCCGAACCACUGCCAGAACAACCUGGGGAUCACCAUGUUCCUGGUGACCGGGUGCCUCGGAUACUCCAACUCGGCCAUGAACCCCAUCCUCUACGCCUUCCUUAGCGAUAACUUCAAGAAGUCCUUCCUCAAGGCCUGCACCUGCGCCACCGGCACGGAGGUCAACGCCACCCUCCACAUGGAGAACAGCGUGUUCCCGCGGAAGCACCGCGGGAGCGAGCGGCUCCGGACGCGCGGGCACGGAGGCGGCGGAGCCCACUCCGGAGGCGGCGACAGGAACGACCAGACCUGCCUCAUCGUGAGCAAGACCGAGUGCUCCACCUCCGGCACGGCCAUCACCUCCGCCUCCGCCUCCCGCUCCAACGCCACCGUCAUCGCCAGCGAGGUCAGGGAGGACUCCGCUCAAGCCCCCGCCAAAAAUUGCGUCCGAAUGAAUGUGCCUCCGACCAGCUUAUAGUUUCCCCCUCGCCCGCCCCCUUUCCCUCCACUCAUCCUCGAGUAGCCUGUAAGAAAGAGGGAACGGUACCCCAAGUAGCACGGAUGGCGAUAAGUAGUCAUUACAUUGUAAAAGUAUUGCAAUGGACCACUAGACAAGGUGCGAAGUUAAGAAUUCUAAUACAUGUUCCUUAACCAAAAUUUCACGCAGAACACGAUUCGCGCAACGAAAACUAUUGAAACCCUCCUAACGAAG